AUGGUGUGUGCCAGUGUGUGCCUAUGGUGUGUGCCAGUGGAUCCCAGCCCAAGCGCUAGAUGAGGUUCAGUGGAGCCGCACAGCUGUUGGACCGUCCCAUUCAUUGACAGGUCUAAGAAGGGGCCAAUAGAAUCCGCCCUCAAGAGACAAAUGUACCAAUCCGGGAGGGCGGUUGGAGCGGCCAAUAGGCGGGCAGGACGGGCCUUGAAGUGAGAGCAGUGGGGCUGCAGCCGGAGUGAGUGACAGUGCUGGCCGGAGUCCCUGCCCGAUACCCGGCGCUGCUCUUUACCUGCUUCUCCCGGGACAAACGCAGCCUCAGCUCUGACCCCCGGCACCGGCUCCCAUUCCCCCAGGGGCCACAGCACCAAACGGGCAGAGAGAGGGCAGAGCUGCCCGGGGGGUUACAGCCAGGCACAGGAGCCCUACUGCCCCGCCGGCCGGAGAGUCCCAGUCCCGCUGAGAGGAUUCAGCCACUUGGCUCCACACCCAGCAGGAGGCACACGGCCGGAGGGCCCGCACAACUCAUGGAGAAGUCCAAGAAUUUCCGGAUUGAUGCUCUCCUGGCAAUAGACCCCCCCAAGUCUCAAACGUCCCCAUUGGCUCUGGUCACCUCGCUGUCCUCCUCCUCCCUCUCCAACUCCGGGAGCCCCCCGUCCGAGCACACUGACAGCCUGAGGACUGACACCCCCUCCCCCCCAAGGACUUGCGGACUGGUCCCCAAACCGGGCUUCCUCAGCAGCCACCAGCACCCCAUUAACAUGAUGGCUUUGCACCCACAAGCUGCCCCUGGGAUCCCCCCCCAGGCCCUCUAUGGGCACCCAAUGUACAGCUACUCGGCAGCGGCGGCCCUGGCUGCUGGGCAGCACCCUGCUCUCUCCUACCCCUACCCCCAGAUGCAGGGUGCCCACCAUGCCCACCACCCAGUGGACCCUAUCAAGAUCAGCGCCGGCACCUUCCAACUGGACCAGUGGCUCAGAGCCUCCACAGCUGGCAUGAUGCUGCCCAAAAUGGCAGACUUUAACUCCCAGGCCCAAUCCAACCUACUGGGAAAGUGCAGAAGGCCCCGGACAGCCUUUACCAGCCAGCAGCUCCUGGAGCUGGAGCACCAAUUCAAGCUGAACAAGUACCUCUCCAGGCCCAAGCGCUUUGAAGUGGCCACUUCCCUGAUGCUCACCGAGACGCAGGUGAAGAUCUGGUUCCAGAACAGACGCAUGAAGUGGAAGAGGAGUAAGAAAGCGAAGGAGCAAGCGGUGCAGGAUGCGGAGAAGCAGCAGAGGGCAGGCAAGGGCAGCUGUGAGGAGAAGUGCCCAGAGGAGCUGCAGGAAGACAAGAAUUCCUACCAUCUCCACCCCAGGGGGGAUCCCAUCAAGGGCAACAGCCGCCUGGUCAGAGACUAUAGCGACAGCGAAGAGGAGGAGGAUGAGGAGGACAGGGAAGAGGAGGAGGAGGAGGAAGGCCACAGAGAGGAGAAGCGCUUUUACCAUCAUUCUUCUGACUGCACAUCAGAGGAAGAGGAGAGCAGCCACAACAAGGGCCACUGAGCCGGGAUCAGUGUGGGGCAGCGCCAUGGGCACAUCAUUGCCCCCCCAUGAACUGUAUUAGAGGAGCCAUCUGAUCAUUGUGUUGUGCUACCACCUACAUGCUGGGGGGGGCGCUCUCUCAGGCAAUCAGACUGUCCCUUCAGCACCACGGAGAGUGCAUUGCCCCCAUCAGCCGCAGACCAGACUGUAUUAGCCGCAUACUGACGCUACAGGGUGCGACUUGUUCCUGGGCAGGGUAAAUGGGGGUUAGAGUAGCAACUGGGAGCCCCCCCCCCCCCCCAACUCUGUGUUAAUACCAUUAAUAGGAAACCUGCUGGACACCUGAAGGCUACAGUAUAUGCUGUCUUUAUUUUUGUACAUUGUAUUUAUAAAGGAAAAUACCUCUACAUAUGCAUGCUAAAUUAUUAUUUAGCUCCCUCCAUCAUAACGAUGGGAUGUAAAAUAAAUUUUGUUUUGUACUUGUA